GGUUUCGUGAGCUAGCUUAGCAGCAAAUGUAGCCAACUACUAGUUGGCAACUAGCUCCUAAUACAGUCCCUCAACGAUAGUGCUUUACAAUAUGCGGCUGCUCGUAUCUAAAAUGAACGUUUAACGCUAUUAAAAAAAAACGUAAUCUUGUAUCGCGUGAUAUACCUCAAGUUGUAUUUGUUAGCUACCUGAUAGCAAACGUUGGCUAACGGUAUUCAGUCCAACGUUGCAGUAUGGCAAGUGCAGCAAGCGCAAACCUAAAUGCAGUACGGGAGACCAUGGACGUGUUACUUGAGAUCUCCAGGUUGCUGAACACCGGUUUAGACAUGGAGUCCCUGUCGAUAUGUGUCAGACUGUGCGAGCAAGGCAUCAACCCAGAAGCCUUGUCUGCUGUCAUCAAAGAACUGCGUAAAGCUUCUGAAACCCUCAAGGCUUCUGAAAACAGCACUAACUGAAGAUGCAGCCAGACCAUCUCAGUUUGAACUUGAAUGGGUUCAUGUCCCGUUCCUGGAUCUGUACCUGCGAUGGGAUCUCCAGCCAAUCAGAUUAACCGGUGUGUUGGCACCGUGUCCUCUGUGCCUCCAUGGUGACUUAACUGUUCUGCGCUUUGACUUGUGUCUUUUGUGUGUGUGUGUGUGUGUGUGUGUGUGUGGGGGGGGGGGGGGGGGCUGGCUAUCAACCUCAUUCAUCUUCCUAAACACACAUCUUCUCCAGACAUUAGAGGCCAUUCAGCCUCAGAUUCGUUUGCAAGUUUCGGCCAUUUGAAAAGUAGAAGAUCCGAGGGUGGUUUUACCAUCGACAUCCUUCAUUUAAGAGCAUACUUAGUUUCUGAUGGUCAGCUAGUGUUGGACCUUUUCAUGGGAAAAUGUUUUUAUAGUGUUUUGAAGUAUAAUUUGCUAUACAUUUUUUAAUUUUGUGUAAACAUAAUGCAUUUUUCAACUUGAUCCUUUUGAUGUCUAAAUUAAAAUGUUGCCGUCAAUAACCACAAGGUGGCGUGGUGUCCUUCUUACCCUCAUUCUUUUUCUUCUUUUUUUAAUCAGGCAUAAGAAGUU